UAGGACGGGGGGACAUCCGGGAGAGCCGCCGCUCUAGAAGUUUCUGAGUCACAAUCCGCUAUUUGAGCUCCACUCACGCAGGUAGGGAUUCGUCUCUGUUGUCGUUCUCAGUUCAGGGAUUGGCAACGAGCAGCAGCCAAUCACUGAUCGAGAGGCGGGUAUUAUGACCUGUCCAAUCAGAGGGGAGCAGGAAGUAGGGCUCUUCCGGUGUCAUGGCGCCGACCUCCGCAACCUGAGCACCUGGCUGAGAACUGCACAACCUGUCUAGCCCUCAUUGCUCCAUGGCUUCUACCGGUUCUGUACUGCGUGGGAAGGACCCUCGGCAACACUCAAGUUACCCAAUGGCGACGCGCCCUCUAUGGAUCAUGCUUUAGAGACAGUGUACAGCUAAGAUUGGAUCCAACCGGCAGGAAAUCUAGUGCUCGCGUUCUGCUGUGGCUUUAGCAAUGGACUCCAAUCUACAAUCAGAUUUCCUGUGUGAGGUGUGCAUAUUGGUGAAUAAAUGUUGAAAAAUAAGUGCUGAUGGCCAAAACGUGAAGGAAACUUUGGAAGGACUCAAAACCAUUGCACCUGUUUAUGAGUGGAAUUGAAAUGUUCUGUGCUGUGAGGCUCAGUCUUAAUCGUGGAAAAUAUAUGUGUGAUGAUUUAGCAGGCAGUGGCCUUUGAGGAUGUGGCUGUGAACUUUACUUUGGAGGAGUGGGCUUUGCUGGACCCAUCCCAAAAGAAGCUCUACAGAGAUGUGAUGUUGGAGACACUGAAGAACAUGUCUGCUAUAGAACAAAACUGGACUGACCAGAAAAUUGAAAAUGGUAGCAAAUAUUGGAGAAGAAAUCUAAGAAGUGAAGAUGUAGAGAAGUGCUGCCAAUAUAAAUUGUGGAAUCCACAUAAAGAAACAACUUUUUGGACUCUGGAUGCUAAUGUGAACAUGAAAACACUUGGUGCACAGCCAGCGGAAAGCCUUGCCUGUAGAAAUUCCCCGAUUGGUCAUGCAUCAACAGAUGUGCCCAUCAGAGCUCACAGUGCACUCAAGUCAUGUGAGAAUCAGGUAUUGGAAGUGACGCUGUCUAUGUGUAAUGAACAUCGGGAAACCAGCGGUUUCCAGUCCUUUCAGAAGUGUGCAACAAUAAGCCCUGGAAAGAAACCCCAUGAAUAUAAGCAAUGUGGGAAAUCCUGCUCUGAUUGCAGUAAAGGAAUCCACAUUGGAGAGAAGCCCUUUAUAUCUAAAGAAAAAGUUAAAGCAUAUGUAUGUAAGCAGUGUGGGAAAGCUUUCAGCGCAUACAGUUGUUGUAAAAGACAUGAACAAACACACAAUAGAGAGAAGUUGUAUGUAUGUAAGCAGUGUGGGAAAGCUUUCAAAACAAGCAGCUAUUGUAAAAAGCAUGAAAGAAUUCACACUGGGGCGAAGCCCUAUGUGUGUAAGCAAUGUGGGAAAGCCUUCAGGACAAAGAGUCAUUGUCAAAGACAUGAAAGUACUCACACUGGAGAGAAACCAUAUGUAUGUGAGCAUUGUGGGAAAGCUUUCCCCAGUAACAGCACUUGUAAACGACAUGAAAACACACAUACCCACAAUGGGGAGAGGACCUAUGUAUGUAAGCAGUGUGGAAAAGCAUUUGCCACUCACAAUUAUUGUCACAUCCAUGAAAAAAUUCACACUGGGGAGAAACCUUAUGUAUGUAAGCACUGUGGGAAAGCUUUCAAAAAAAAGGCCCAUUGUAAAAGGCAUGAAAGAAUUCACACUGGCGAGAAACCCUAUGUAUGUAAGCAGUGUGGGAAGGCUUUCGGCAGAAAGAGUCAUUGUGAAAGACAUGAAAGUACUCAUACUGGAAAGAAACCAUAUGUACUCAAGCAUUUUGGGAAAGCUUUCUUCACACAAGGUAAUUGUAAAAAACAUGAAAGAACUGACUGUAGAAGGAAACCCUAUGUGUGUAAGCACUGUGCGAAAGCAUUCACUACUCGCAGUUAUUGUCAAACCCAUGAAAAAUAUCACACUGUGGAGAAACCAUAUGUGUGUAAGCAGUGUGGGAAAACUUUCAUGAGUAAGAGCUCAUAUAAAAUUCAUGAAAGAACACACACUGGGGAGAAGCCCUAUGUAUGUAAGCACUGUGGAAAAGCAUUUACCACUCACAGAUAUUGUAAAAUCCAUGAAAAAGGUCACUCUGGUGAGAACACUUAGUGACCAGUGUGGAAAAGCAUUUACCACUCAUAGUUGUCAAAUCUAUGAAAAAUCUGACACUGGGUAGAAACCUUAUGUAUGUAACCAAAGGAGAAAACCAUUUACCUCUCAACGUUAACAUCAAACCCAUGGAAAUACCCCACACAGCUGAAAAAUGCUAUGUUUGUAAGCAGUGCAGGAAAGCUUUCAUCUGUCCCAGUGAGCAUCAAAUACAUGAGAGAAGUCACACUGGAGAGAAGCCUUAUGUAUGUAGGCAGUGUAGGAAAGCCUUUCCUACUAGUUGUUCAUUUGUUGGAUCCAAAACAAGUCACACUGGAGAGAAACCUUAUGUACGUAACCAGUGUGGGAAAGCAUUUCCUUAACACAGUUCAUUUUAUAAACAUAAAAGAAUACACACUUUGUUGAAAUCUUUUGUGUGUGAGCAGUGAAUGAAUGCUUUCCCCAGUCAUGGUGAUUUUUAAAGACAAAAGAAUUCACUCUGGGGCCGGGGUAUAUUAGCUCAGUGGUUUUGCCACCUGCUGUGCAAGCGCAAGGACCCAAGUUCUAUCCCCGGUACCAAAAAAAAAAAAAUUUUAAAAAGGGCUGGGGAUUUAGCUCAGUGGUUCCGCUGCCUGCCUCACAAGCACAAGGACCUGAGUUCAAUCCCCAGUACCAAAAACAAAAAAAAAAUUUAAAAAGGGCUGGGGAUUUAGCUCAGUGAUUCCACUGCCUGCCUCACAAGCACAAGGACCCGAGUUCGAUCCCUGGUACCAAAAAAAAAAAAAAAAGAAUUCACUCCGGAGAGAAACCCUGUGUAUGUAACCAGUGUGGGAAAGCAUUUCCUUAACACAGUUCAUUUUAUAAACAUAAAAGAAGACACACUUUGUUGAAAUCUUUUUGUAUGUAAGCAGUGAGUGAAUGCUUUCUUCAGUCACGGUGAUUUUUAAAGACAAAAGAAUUCACUCUGGAGAGAAACCCUGGGUAUGUAAGCAAUGUGGGAAAGCAUUCAGUAUAAGCAGGUAUUGUUAAAUACAUGAAAGAAAUCACACUGAGGAGCUACCUUAUCUAUGUAAAGUGAUGUGGAAAAGCCUUCAGUUAUUCCAGUUAUCGUGACAUCAAUAAUUCAUAGAAGUAAGUUAAUUUUGAAUAUAAGAAACACAAGAAAGUACAGUGGAGAGAGGCCCUUCAUCAGGAAUAAGGAAAAUCUUCAGUACAUUCCAUACGUGGAAGAAUUCAUAGUGGAGAAAAUCUGAACAUAUUUGAGCCAUAUGAAAAAGGUAUUUUUCUCAAUGCAUUCAAGUAAAUGAAUGAGUUCACAUUGGUGAGAAGACAUGUACAUGUAAUCAUUGGGGAAGAACCUUCAGUUCUAAUUACUUUGAAAAAUAUGAAGGAACUCACACUGGAGAGAAACCCUAUGUGGAAAAUGUGAGAAAGAUUUCUGUGUUUCUUACAACCCCUGAAAGCAUGAACAAAUCACACUCAGAGUACAUGUAAAUAUGAAAUAUAUGAGAAACCUUCCUUUAUACAUGAUUUUAUUUUAUACAAAGAAGGCAUUGUGGAGAAAUCCAUAUCAAUAUAUAUUGUGUGGGAACACCUGUACUGAUUUAUCAGUAUGUGUAUUUUGUGGAGACACCUGGUAUUUUGAUUUUAUUCAUAGUGCAAAUGAACACAGUAGAGUGAUGAGCCAUCUGUAUACAGAGAGUACACAAGUAAUAAGGCAGAUUGGAUCAAAGCCCUGUGAGUGUGCCAGGUUCUCAAUUGUAAGUCAGAAUCAAAAGCUUUUGAAUAUUUCUCAUGUAGUGCAAACUUGCACAGGUAAAAUGCAAAUGUCAUGUCAAUUAUUUCUGUGUAGAAUUCCCCAGAAAAUAUACAAAGGAGGUAUCCUAAAGGAUAAAUGUAGGGUGUUCAUCUGUCACUCAUUCUUUUUUGGGGGGAUACCAGGAAUCAAACUGGGGACCUUCCACUUGCAAGGCAGGUGGCGGCACCACUGAGCUAAAUCCCUGGCCCUGCAACUCAUUUUUAAAGUAGGCCUCUUGAGUACAUAUUUUUAAGUUCACUUUUAAGAAUAAAUGUUGUGCUGCCGUAAUUCUGCUUGUGUAUGCAAUAAUGGUAGAGCUUAGUGUUAUCUUUUAGACAAAUGUUGUUAUCCCUUUUCCACCGUGAUACAUCUAUAAGUGAAUUGAAAUAUAUUUAUAUGCCAGUAAUCUUA